GUCAGAGCGCUGCGGUGCUCCUGAUUGGUCAGGUCUUCUACUACCCCAGGGUGCUUUGCGACAGCGCUCCUUUUGGUUCCGCCGAUCCGCGGCCUAAGAGGCAGUCAUGGCGCCCAGCCGGAAUGGCAUGAUUCUGAAGCCCCACUUCCACAAGGACUGGCAGCGGCGUGUGGCUACGUGGUUCAACCAGCCAGCUCGGAAGAUCCGCAGGCGCAAGGCCCGGCAGGCCAAAGCGCGCCGCAUCGCCCCGCGCCCCGCGUCCGGGCCCAUCCGGCCCAUCGUGCGCUGCCCCACCGUGCGCUACCACACCAAGGUCCGAGCCGGCAGGGGCUUCAGCCUGGAGGAGCUGCGGGUGGCCGGUAUUCACAAGAAGGUGGCCCGGACCAUUGGCAUCUCGGUGGACCCGAGGCGGCGGAACAAAUCCACCGAGUCCCUGCAGGCCAACGUUCAGCGGCUGAAAGAGUACUGCUCCAAGCUCAUCCUCUUCCCCAGGAAGCCAUCGGCCCCCAAAAAGGGAGACAGCUCGGCUGAAGAACUCAAGUUGGCCGCCCAGCUGACAGGACCUGUGAUGCCCAUCAGGAAUGUCUACAAGAAGGAGAAGGCCAGGGUCAUCACAGAGGAGGAAAAGAACUUCAAGGCAUUCGCCAGUCUGCGCAUGGCCCGUGCCAACGCCCGGCUCUUUGGCAUCCGGGCGAAGAGAGCCAAGGAAGCCGCAGAGCAGGAUGUUGAGAAGAAAAAAUAAAACACUGUUGGGAUCUUGUAAUAAAUGCUCAGAAAAGCCA